AUGAAGUUUCGUGGUAAAAUUAUUGAUCCACAUUGCAUGAAACAAUUCUACAGUAUUGUGAUUAUUUUAUCCAAAUUAUGUAGAAAUGUAGUUUUGAGACUGAGUUCUACUAAAUUAUACUUAAUCGCUUCAAAUGAAUCUAACAGUAAUCAAAUCAGUGUUUGGUCUGUAUUAGACCAACAGGCAUUUUUCAAAGACUAUGACAUGAUUGGUGAAACAGAAUCUAAUGAAAUUUUAUUCAGUUUACCAAUUGAUAUGCUUGCGUCUUCACUGAGUUCAGCAAAACAAACAAACUUAAAAACUCUCAAGAUGAAACUUACUGAUAAACUAUCGCCAUGUCUAACUAUCGAAUUGGAUCUGGAAUCCCAAGUAUCUAGCAAACAGUUAUGUACUCAUGAUAUUCCAGUUUCUGUUAUACUACCAAAAGAUUGGUCAGCAUAUAAGGAGCCAACCAUACCUGCUCAUAAUAUUAGUGUUGUUAUGCCAUCAAUACGAGUAGUACGGCACAUUGUUGACAAGAUGAAACGCAUAGGUCCCAGGUUAAUAGUAUCAUUAGAUUCUUCUGGGAAAAUGGUUUUAGGAGUAUCAAAUUUAUCAGCCACAGUUGACACACAUUUUAUAGGUCUUGAGAUAGUUAGCGUACACAGUUCAACCGAUAAAGAAAACAAAUAUUCUACAGUAGUUGAUAUCAGAAAAUUUUCACAAUUUUUAAAUUGUGAAACAUUAAACUUGUCAAAAAUAUUAUGUCAUGUAGUUGAAGGAAUGCUGUUACAUUGCUCAAUAGAAGAAGAUGAAUAUGUAUUACAUUAUUUUUUGAGUGGAAUUGAUGAUUAA